CGGCGUGCCAUCGGGCCGCUCUGCACCUCAAAGGACGAUGAGCCACGGGCCGCUCGCAUCGUCAUGCCCUCAUCACUGCAGAGCCCGCUCGGUCUCCCGCUCGACGCCAUGAACGGCCUCGCGCUGUACAAUUCGAGCUUCGGCGGCAUCUUCAACAACUCGAUUGCCGGCAAUGCGCUGCAGUACAACUACUGCAAGGCGCACGGUGUAGAAGCCUCGAGCUAUCGGCUGCCUCAACAGGCGCAGGAGCAAGGCGCAAAGCUGGUGGGCCUCAUCUACGUCCAGCGGCAUCAGAAGCGGACGCCAGACAACCUCGUUCCUGGUCGCGAGCGCGACUUAAAUCCGGCGGCUGGCUGGGAGUGCAGCGACAUUGACUAUCUCAGCUUCGCCUCGCAGCCACAGCGCAAUGCCUCGCGAGCCGCAGCUCACAUCAACGCCGAGACUGUCAUCGAGUCCUGGCACCCCUUCGCGCGCAGCAUCUGGCCGGGCUCGUGUGAUCAAGGAACGCUGACGCGGGGAGGACAUGACGAUGCUGUCGACCACGGCCGUGCACUAUGGUCCGUCUACGGUCCAAAAGGGCCCGCAGCCUUACUCUCGGAGCCAACCGAAGAUGAGAUCUACAUUCGCACGUCACCCGCGCCCCGCACAUACCAGGUGUCGGGCGGGCUACUGACCGGCAUGGGCAGGAACGAGAGCCAUGGAAGCUUUGCGGUGCACUCUCAGCCAAGCACGAUUGACAACAUUGUGCCGAGCUACUCCUGCUCGUACGCCAGUCAGCUUCGCACACAAAUCGAGCAAGAGCAAGCAUGGCGCGACCACCUGGACAGCAUUCAGCCGCAGUUCAACACCAUCAAUCAGGCACUCGGCACAGGCAACAUCUCGUCGUGGAAUACCUGGAUCGACCAUGCCUUCGACUUCCUAGCGUCUCGGCAGUGUCAUGGCCACGAACUGCCGGCAGGCAUCACGCAAGAGACGGCCGACGCCAUGUAUGAGGCAGGCACGUUCGAGUACAACUACAUCUGGAAUGUGUCACCUCGCGCCGACGAUUAUGUCAAGUACAGCUUCGGAGCCUUCGCGCUCGAGCUGGCACGAGCGCUUCAGAAGAUCGAAGCGGGUAGCGCCAAGCGCGCGCAGCUCUUCAUCGGCCAUGAUGGCACGAUGGUUCGGCUGCUCAAGACGCUGGCGCAGAGCGGCACGAUCCGCUGGCCGGCGCUGGGCUCCGAGGUCGUUGUGGAGGUCUGGCGGACCAUGGAUGCCCAGCACUUUGUCCGCAUGCUGGCCUACGGGCAGGAGAUGGUCACGCUGGCCUCUGGACUGCUGCGCGAGGAUCAGACGAGCCCGAGCGUGCUGGACUGGACGCCGCUCGUGCGCGUUGUCGAGUACCUGUACGGCCGCGUGCCAGACGACCUCGUCGAGCGCUGCAUCUCAUGAGGGGUUAGUGAAUGGAUUGAGAGGCUCGCCCACCAGUGCGCGAGACAUUAGGGGAGUCGGGGAUGGAGAAGGAGAGAAGAAGGGAGGCGGCUCAAAGCUCCCGAGGGAGCUCAGCUGACAAAGACGGGCGCCGGGAUAUCGUCGUCCGUCGCGCCCUCGACGAGCGCCUCGGGCUUGAGGCUGAGGCGGUUCGACUUGGACUUGCUCGACCAGACGGAGCUCGCCGAUGAGCGGCGGCGCAGCGAAGAGCCGAUGGCCGAGAGAGAGGG